AUGCUCUCCUACAUCCUCAUCCAGAACCGGCAAGGCAAGACCCGUCUCGCCAAAUGGUACGCCCCCUUUAGCGACGAGGAAAAGAUCAAGCUCAAGGGCGAGGUCCACCGCCUCGUCGCGCCGCGCGACCAAAAGUACCAGUCCAACUUUGUCGAGUUUCGCAACCACAAAAUCGUCUACCGCCGCUACGCCGGCCUCUUCUUUUGCGUCUGCGUCGACACAAAUGACAAUGAGCUCGCCUACCUCGAGGCCAUCCACUUCUUCGUCGAGGUCCUCGACGCCUUCUUUGGCAACGUCUCCGAGCUCGAUCUCGUCUUCAACUUUUACAAGGUCUACGCCAUCCUCGACGAGGUCUUUCUCGCCGGCGAGAUUGAGGAGACGAGCAAGCAGGCCGUUUUGACCAGACUCGAGCACUUGGACAAGCUGGAAUAA